GUUUGCUCUGAGAUAACCAGUCUCGCUCCUGCCCUGCAUGAGGAGGCCGCCCUGUGGGCUCUGCCUUCCCUCCCCCAGACCCAGACCGCUCAGACCGACCCACAGACGGCUGGACUUGGCCAUGGGCCGGCUUCCGGGGCCCUUCCUCUGCGGGGCCCUGCUGGGCUUCGUCUGCCUGGGCGCCCCCGGGCUAGCUGUGGAGGUGAAGGUACCCGCUGAGCCCCUGAGCACCCCCGUGGGCAAGACCGCAGAGCUGACCUGCAGCUACAGCACGUCGGUGGGAGACAACUUCGCCCUGGAGUGGAGCUUUGUGCCGCCUGGGAAGCCCAUCUCUGAGUCCCACCCCAUCCUGUACUUCACCAAUGGCCAUCUGUAUCCAACUGGUUCUAAGGCAAAGAGAGCCAGCCUGCUUCAGAACCCCCCCACAGGAGGGGUGGCCACCCUGAAGCUGCCUGAUGUCGACCCCUCGGACACUGGAACCUACCUCUGCCAAGUUAAUAACCCGCCAGAUUUCUACACCAAUGGGUUGGGGCUCAUCAACCUUACUGUGCUUGUGCCCCCCAGUAGUCCCUUGUGCAGUAAGAGUGGUCAGACCUCCGUGGGGGGCUCUGCUGCACUGAAGUGCAGCUCUUCCCGGGGAGCCCCCAGGCCAGUGUACAACUGGGUACACCUUGGAUCUUUCCCUACGCCUUCUCCUGGCAGCAUGGUGCAAGAUGAGGUGUCUGGCCAGCUCAUUCUCACCAAUCUCUCCCUGACCAAUUCUGGCACCUACCGCUGUGUGGCCACCAACCAGAUGGGCAGUGCGUCCUGUGAGCUGACCCUCUCUGUGACUGACCCAUCCAAAGGCCGAGUGGCUGGGGCCCUGAUUGGGGUGCUCCUGGGCGUGCUGUUCCUGUCAGUUGCUGCAUUCUGCCUGAUAAGGUUCCAGAAAGAGAGGAGGAAGAAGCCCAAGGAGACAUAUGGGGGUAGUGACAUUCGGGAGGAUGCCAUUGCGCCUGGGAUUUCGGAGCAAACUUCUGUGAGACCUGAUUCUAGCAAAGGGCUCCUGGAGAGGCCCCCCUCUGCCAGUAGUGUGACGACCACCAAGUCCAAGCUCCCUAUGGUUGUCUGAUUUCUUCACCUAUCCUUGAGGGGGAAUAUCAAGAAUUAAAGCCUUUGGGUACCAU